AUGGGUCACGCUUCCUGCCCCAAGUGCGGUGCCGCCACUGACGGCGCUGGCAAGAGCUGCGGCUCUUGCGGUGCUACCUGCCCCGUUUGA